AUGUGUGAACGUGGAGUCUGGCAGCUGCAGCAGGUCCUUCUGCGCUACAGCGAAACGGGUUAUAGUAGCAGUGGAGUGCGGUUCUAUCUGAAGCAUUUGCUUCCGAGUUGGGAGCAGAGGAAUCCCCAGGUCAAGGUGCUGGUACAACAUGACAAGUAUGCCCAGCCCCAAGCAACCUUCGUCUUUGCUUCAGGCGCACAAGCAGACGCCCCCCUGGCCAACUUGCAGCCGCGGCAGUUAGAGGAACUCCUACAACUGCAUCGAGACAGUGCAGGCCCCAACCACUUUCUGAAACACGGGGGACCGAAGGUGUGGACAGAGAGACGCUCGAUUCAGGGUCUAUGGCGUCCGUCACUCCCCUCACAGCUGUUGGCACUACGGUGGUUCAGACGCUCGCGCCCACCCCUCAGGCUCCCCAAGUACUCCGCCGAGGGCCUCCGGCUGUCUAUACAGGCCAUCCGGGGUGAGGGCCGAUGGGGCUCUGAACGGGAGUUCCCAAAGGGUUGGGAUCAACUAGCCCUCAAGUAUGCCCACUGUAACCCUCUAAUGCUGAACCCCGUGCCACCCGAGCCACAGCAGCAGCCGCAACAGCAGUAG